AAAUCUGAAGGCAAAAUAAAACAGAAGAGAUUUGCUGGAAUCAAGGAUGAUGGAUCCCUGUUCAGUUGGCGUUCAGCUUCGUACCACAAAUGAGUGCCAUAAAACAUACUAUACUCGUCAUACAGGCUUUAAGACUUUGCAAGAAUUGUCAUCCAAUGAUAUGCUUUUACUUCAACUUAGAACUGGAAUGACUCUUUCUGGAAAUAAUACAAUUUGUUUCCAUCAUGCAAAAAUUUAUAUUGACAGAUUUGAGGAUUUGCAGAAGUCAUGUUGUGAUCCAUUUAAUAUACACAAAAAACUAGCUAAGAAAAAUUUGCAUGUAAUCGACUUAGAUGAUGCCACUUUCCUGAGUGCAAAAUUUGGAAGACAGCUUGUACCUGGUUGGAAGCUCUGUCCAAAAUGUACACAGAUAAUCAAUGGAAGUGUAGAGGUUGAUUCAGAAGACCGCCAGAGAAGAAAACCUGAUUCAGAUGGAAGAACUGCUAAAGCUUUGAGGUCAUUACAAUUUGCAAACCCAGGAAAACAAACGGAAUUUGCCCCAGAAACUGCUAAAAGAGAAAAAAGAAGGCUUACUAAAAAUGCAUCAACUGGUUCAGACAGACAAGUGAUACCGGCAAAGAGUAAGGUCUAUGACAGCCAGGGUCUCCUGAUUUUCAGUGGGAUGGACCUCUGUGACUGCCUUGAUGAAGACUGCUUAGGGUGUUUCUAUGCUUGUCCUGCCUGUGGUUCUACCAAAUGCGGAGCUGAAUGCCGCUGCGACCGCAAGUGGCUGUAUGAGCAGAUUGAAAUAGAAGGAGGAGAAAUUAUUCAUAAUAAGCAUGCAGGAUAAU